AUGUACACUGAAGUUUUCAGAACAUUGUGUAGUACCCUGAACGGUCUAGGGCUGAAGGAUUCUAAAUUUUUAACUGUUUAUGAACAAGUGGCAAUCUUUUUGCUCACUUUAUCUCAUAAUCAAAGGAAUCGUGUUGUAGCAGAGAGAUUUCAACACUCCACUGAAACUAUUUCUAGACAUUUUCAUGCUGUGUUGCAUGCAGUAUGUCAAUUGGGCACCCAUAUCAUUGCCCCUCCUGAUUUUUCUGUGAUUCCGAAUAAGAUUAGAGACUCUUCUAGGUUUUACCCUUACUUUAAGGAUUGCGUGGGAGCUAUAGAUGGAACCCACAUUCCUGCAACUCUGCCAGCAAGCAUACAACUUCCAUUUCGUGGUAGAAAUGGUUAUACCACACAAAAUGUAAUGGCCGUAUGUGACUUUGACAUGAGGUUCACAUAUGUGCUAGCUGGGUGGGAAGGCUCCGCUAAUGAUUCGAGAAUCCUAAAGGAGUUUAUUGAGAAUACGGCAAUGAACUUUCCAGCUCCACCAACAGGUAAGUAUUAUUUGGUGGACUCAGGGUAUGCCAAUAAGCCUGGUUAUUUGGCCCCAUUUCGAGGUUAUACUUACCACUUUCAGGAAUACCGUAGGACUAGACAACCUCGUGGUCGGGAGGAAGUGUUCAAUCAUAGGCAUUCAUCUUUGAGAAAUAUAAUUGAGCGAUACUUUGGGUUGUUGAAAAUGAGAUUCGCUAUUUUGAGGAAAUCGGCAUCAGCCUGA